AUGGCUUCACUCAUGUACUGGUUUUUGGCUUCCGCUGUUUUGCUGUCUACCUUCGCUAGCGGUCAGAUCCCCGGUGCAGAGAAUGUUACAACAGUGCACUUCGUGUCUUCUUGCCAUCUGGAUAUCGGUUUCGCAGAUUCGGCCGCAAAUAUCGUCAACAGGUACUUCGAUCAUUACUUUACAGAGAGCAUCAACGUGUCCGCCACGCUCCGUCAGAUGGGAGGAGAGGAGCGUCUCGUGUUUCUAACCCAUCCCUAUCUCAUAUCUCUCUAUACUGACUGUCCACCAGGCAUGGGAAUACACUGCCCGUCUAAAGACAACGUGUCUGUUUUUGAGGAUGCUAUUCGAAGAGGAGACAUCGUAUGGCACGCGAUGCCCUUCAAUUCCCAACUCGAAGUGCUUGACGUGAGUCUUCUCGAUUUCAGCAUCAAACUUACUCAUUCACUCGACAAAAAGUAUGGGAAGUUGCCAACAACGACGAUGAGUCAACGAGACGUGCCCGGAAUGACCAGAUCGAUCAUUCCGACUCUCGUUGCUAAUGGCGUUAAGGCGAUCACUGUUGGAGUGAACGGCGGUUCAAUGCCACCGGCGGUGCCUUCUGUGUUUGUGUGGCACCACUCGCCCACCAAUCAGUCGAUCCUGGCCAUGUGGCAUCCGGGUGGAUACGGAGGACAGCAUGGUGUGCAACCAGACAGUGUUGUCGUUGUGCCUGGGUUUAGUCAUGCUCUCGUGUAUGGUUUCCGUGGGGACAAUUCAGGUCCGCCUAGUGCGAAAGAGGUCGUGUCCGACUAUGCUACUAUGAGGAAGUUGUUUCCCAAUGUGAAGCAGAUUCUCGUCUCUAAUUUUGACGCAUUCGUACAAGAACUGGAAACAGUGCAGAACAAGUUACCAGUCGUCACCCAAGAAAUCGGAGACACAUGGAUGUAUGGUGUACCAUCAGACCCGGGCAAGAUUGCACAGUAUCGUGAGCUCCUGAGAGCACGAUCCAACUGUUUGCAGCAAAAGCAAUGCUCUUUAACAGACUACAGAUUUUUCAACUUCUCCCGACUUCUUAUCAAAGGGGCAGAACAUACGUGGGGUAAUGACGUCAAGAAAUACCUCAACGAUUACAAAAACUGGCACAACGAUCAGUUUCAUGCUCUGCUGGACAAACCAAAUUAUGUCGCCAUGGUGACGUCAUGGCAGGAGCAACGAGAUUGGGCAAUCAACUAUGCAGUCGAAGGAUUGAAUGACCAUCCUCUACGACAAGAUAUCGUCAAUCGAUUGGCUGCUAUGAAAGGCCGCCAGCCCUCAACGAACGGCUUCACAAAGGUUGCUAAUUUGUCGAGUGUCUUCAAGUGUGGAUCAUUCGAAAUUGGGUUUUCACCGUCGACUGGCGCUAUCUCCCAUUUGACAAGGAAGACUACUAAUACAACCAUCACUGUUGCUACCUCUGACCAUCCGUUAGCACAAAUCGUCUACGAGACAUUCACUGAAGGCGACUUUGAAAAGUUUUCCGAGGAAUACAAUGACAUCGACCCGAAGAAAAACAGUUGGGUGUUGAAAGACUUCGGUAAACCGGGACUCAACGGCACUCUACGGCAGACAGUGAGUCCAACGAUAUCGGAGUUCUGGCAUUCGAACGCUACAAACUCUUCCUACGAAAUCUUCUUGUUGCAUCUCAUGUUUCCUGACUCCAUCGUAAAAGACUAUGGCGGUCCAGUCGGCGUGUGGGAGCAGGUGACCGUGCCACUGAACUCAUCAGACAUCAUCACACUAGAACUCUCACUUAUCAAUAAAACGGCCACUCGUAUACCAGAAUCGAUUUCCGUAUACUUCAAUCCUCGAGUUGAGGAUCCCACGAUGAUGCGAUUGAACAAACUUGGUCAACUGCUCGAUCCCGUGGACGUCGUCGUGAACGGCAGUAGACACUUGCACGGCUUAUCACCGACCGGAGGAGUCGAAUACGGAAACUUGCAAUUCCGAUCGCUCGAUACGUCAGUCGUCUCUAUCGGUGGUACGAAUCCAUUCCCUGUGCCCGCCGACAAACCCGAUUUAACAAAAGGCUUCUCGUUUCUCAUCUCAAACAACCUCUGGGGUACGAACUACAUAAUGUGGUAUCCAUUCUUACCAAAAGAUGCCAGUCGUAUGUAUAGGAUGGUCAUGACCAUACCAGACGAGGCGGAGAGCAAGUGAUGUCUAUUACUGAGUCAAUGGAUACUGUUGUGUGUAUCUUUG